AUGCUUGUCUUAUUGCUUUUAAUUAAAUAGUGCGUUUAAUAGACAACCAAUCAUGGAUUUUGGUUUCAAUAUUUACCUUUCUCUAAUAUAAAGGCAUCAGGAGAAUUUAUUUUAAAUGAUAAAUCCGUUUUUAUUGGAUAAAAUAUAAUGGCAAACUACAAUUUUAAUUAAGGAACAACUUAAUAAAAACUAUAUAUCUGGCUUUCAUUUAACUCUGUAACUCUGAAUAUUACAGUUAGUGAUGAAGGAACAAUUACUAAUUUGACUUAAGAUCCAACAAAUUUUGAAGGAAUUUGGUUUUAUGUCUAUUUUGAAAAUCUGGAAGAAGGAUCAAAAUUAUAUAUAAAAGGAAGUUAAUUAUGGAGUUUGUUAUUGAAUACAAAAAAUAUAAUCCCUGUUUUAAAUUAAUAUGGAAAAGUAUUAAUAAAUUUAAUUUAUCGUUUAGGUGAAUAAUUUAAACUUUGAUUAUUUUCAUGGUAAAUAUAGUGAAAUGUAAUUUUUCACAAGAAAACCAUUUAAUAAUGAUAAUGAGUUUGAAGAAUUUGUUAUUGGAAACAUUUAAAGUCCAUAGUCGUACAAUAAAACAACAGUUGAUAUUUUUAAUGGACUUAAAAUUUUGGGAGAUGUAUUUUUCUAAACCAAAUUUUCUUUACUAGGUUAUAAAUAUUAGAUUAGAUGUUGGGUCAAAGUUAGUUAUGAAAAUGUUAUAGAAAGACAAAGAUAUUUAUUAAUGAGAUUGACAUUAAAUGAAAAUUAUCGUAAUGAUAGCUUUUUGGGAGAUAGAGUAUUAUUAAUGAGUUAUGUUUUGGAUCCAAGUUUAACUAAUUAUAAUUUAUUUAGUGUAAGUGUUUUAGCUUACACUUAUCCAUAUCCUUAGUUGGCUUUUUAUACAAGAAGUAAAAAUACAUUUGUGAUUUAAAAUACAACAAAUCGAGAUAGAUUUUAGAAAUGGCAUUAUAUUUAUUAUCAAUAUUUAGUUGAAAAGACUUAUUUAAAAGUAAUAUAUCCAGAUGAUUAAGAAGUGAUUUAAACAUUUAAUGCUUUGUAAUUCCAUAAUCAAUAUGUUUAUCUAUAUGUUGGAGCAGAUAGUUUUUUUUAUAAAAGUUAUUUGGCAGGUAAAAUUCAAUUAGAAAUUACAUAUAAUUAUGAGGAAGAAUAAACUUACGACAUGAAAUGUUAUUAUUCAUGUUUAACAUGCAAUGGACCAACUUAGAGUGAUUGUGUCACUUGUCCAUAAAACUCAAACAGAUUAUGGAAAUUUGGAUUUUGUGCUUGUGAAUUUGGAUUUGUUGAUUUAGAUUUAACUCAAAAGUGCAGUAAAAUGAAUGAAUUAUAUCCUAUAAUGAAUCAAACAUAUUAAAAUAAUACAUUUAAGUGUAAUUAUGGAGAAUUCGUAAUUGAUAAUAAAUGUAUGUCAUGUCCUAGUUCAAUUAAUGAUUAUCAAUUAAAUUGUGCAGAUUGCUUACUUAAUUCCGGCAAUUGGUUCUAAAAUCCAGUUUGUACUUUUGAUUAUAAGAGAUAUGCCUUAACAUCAACUUAUUUAAAAUUUAAUAGAAAUGAAAGUUAAUAGGAAAUAUUUUAUAUAAAUAGUUAAUUAUAGAAUUUAGAAUUAUGUUAGGGAUGCUUAAAAUAUUGUAAUGAUAUAACAAAAAUAUCUUGUAUUUAAUUUAAUCAUCACUAUUUUAGUUGUAAAUAAGGAUAUUUUGUGUAAGGCAAUAUUUGUUAAAAAUGUAUGGACAAUUGUAUAAAUUGUAAUAGUUCAUAAACAUGUAAUAAAUGUAUUAAGCUUUAUGAAUUUGAUGGUUUAAGAUGUUAAAAAUGUCCAAUUAAUUGUGCCAUUUGUAAUUCAGAUAUAAAUUGUUUGACUUGUUAACCUAGUUUUGCCUUAUUUAAAGGUGCAUGUUAUGGUUGUGGAGCAUAAUGCUCAAUUUGUGAAUUUUAUUUUGAUGAAGUUAAACAAUAUUUUAUAAAUAGAUGCUUAAAGUGUAAAGAUCCGAGUUUAUUUGAAAUAUCUUUUGAUGCUUUAAAAUGUUAAAUGGUUACUAUUAAAUACUGUUUUUAUAGCAUUUAAUAGUAUUAUUUUGUUGAUUAUCCUUAAACAACAAUUGAUUUAUAUUUUUAACCUAUGUAAAUAAACUCAUUAAUUACAAAUAUUUGUGCAAGAUGUAUCUCUGGAUAUACAUAUUCAAAUGUUUCAUCUACAUGUUAUAAAUCAUCUUAAGUUUGUUAAGAAUCAGGAUUCUAUAAUGGUACUUUUUAUUGCUUAAUUGGUGGAGAAACAGCAUCAUCAAUUUUAGGUUGUGAAUAGAAAUUAUAAAAUUGUUAUGAAUGUGUAAAUUAUCUAAAUAAAAUAAUUUGUUUAAAUUGUUUUCCUGGUUAUUAUGCAGAUCAUAUUGUUGGAAUGUGUGUAUAAUGUCCAAAGUAAUGUUAAUCCUGUUCACAAUAAUUUAAAAAGAAUAAAAGUAAUUGGAAAAAAGACAUAAGACCAUUUUUUGAAUUUUAUGUUAACAAAAAUGUGAAUCAUGACUACCUCACUUAUGUAGAAUCAAGUGAUCCAGAUGAUUUCGAAGUAAUAUGUAUUACAUGUCAAACAGGAUAUGAAAUUUAUAAUGAUAACUGCAUAAAAAAAUGUCCAUCAGAUUGUUUAGAAUGCUUAAUUAUCAAUAAUACCAAAGUUUGUUCUAAAUGCUCUUAUUCAAAUCAUGGAUUAAUAUUAAGUACAAAUAACAAUAUAUGUUAUUAAUGUCAUAGUUUAUGUAAAUUAUGUGUUCCAUCAUUAAACCUCCCUAAUACUUAAUUCACUAAUUAAUGCUUAUUACCUGUAUUUGAAGAUACAGUCUUUGAUUCCAAUAUUUAUUAAUUCAGUAAUUGCCCUAAUGAUAAAACUUGUUAAAUGAGUAUGUCUAUUUCAUUGAACUUAAUAUGCAUAUAAGGUUAAUCAACUUCCAAUGUUUUCGAUAUACCUUAUAAUUAAGAGUUAGAUUUAUCUUAUGUAUUUUAAUUGUUAUAUUCAAAUGGUCUAUUUAAUUAUAUGAAUGAAUAAAAUGUCUAAACUUUAAACAUAUAUCUUACAACUUAAACUUGCACUUUUCCUAAAAAUUUAGUUAUAUCUCAGGAAUUCUCACAAAAUGUUUACACUUUAAAAAAAGUAUCUUUAUAUAUUAUGGGAUUAUAUUCAAAUUCAACAGUUAACUUCUUAGGAGAUAUUUAUAUAAAAGAAUUUCAUUCUUUGUGGAUUAAAAACUUGAAUAUUGAUUUUUCUGAUGCUUCUAUUACUUUCAAUUUUAAUUAAGAUCAAACAACCAUUGGUUUUGAGAAUGCAAACUUUAAGGGGAAAGGCUCUUUCAAUUUUUAAUAUUCUCACUUGCUAGCAUUCUCUAUGAUUAAUAUAUAAAUGGAUGGAUUUUAAUUUGAAAAUUUAGAAUCUUUACUUAAAAUAGAAUCAAUAUAAUCAGUCAUCCUCUAAAAUUUAAGAUUAUCAAAUGUUAUUUUUAGAAAUUCUACUUUUUUUUAUUUCCAAAAUGUGGAUCAAUUAAUAUUAAAUUCUAUAACCAUUGAAUCAAAUUAUCUAUAUAAUUCAAAGUUAUUUUAUACUAAUUAAAUCACCUUAAUUGAAAAAUUUAUUAUAAAAUAGACUUCAUUUGAAAUGUCAUCUGCUUUUUAAGGUUUAGAUAAUCGAUUCCACAAUUUUUAAGUUUUGAUGAAUUAAUUAAAAGAUUCUUCAUAUAUCAGUAAAUCUUAAAACAUCUAAUUGUUAAAUUCACUUUUCGAAGGAAAUUAUAUUACUUAAAAUAGCUACCUUGUACAUGUUAGUGACAAAAUUUAGAAAUUUGAUAUUUUGUUGGAUCAUAUUUAAUUUUUCCUUAAUUCCAUUUAUCAUUCUUCAAGUUUUCUUUAUGUUGAAUCAUCAACCGUGCUUUAGAUUAUAAAUUUAGAAAUGUUAAUGCCUCCAAUUGAAAAUGAUGUAAAUUAUGCAUUUAAAAUAUUUUCUAAUUCUUUUACUUUGAAAGAUAGCAUAAUUGAAAUCGAUAAUUAAAUAAGUGCUAUAUUUGAAGCAACUAACUUGGAUCUUUUUAGUUUUGUAAACAUUACAAUUUAUUAAAAAUAUUAAUUGGCUGGUUUAUCUCAAAGUUUGGAUUGUAUAAAUUUAUUAGAUUCUAAAUAACCAAUUAUAAAUUUAUUAAAUAUCAAAAGGAUAGAAUUUUAAAUUGUAAAUUUUACUAAUAUUUUUACUUAUAACCAACCAGUAAUAAAAAUAAUUAGUACCUAAUUCAAUUUUGAAUGUUUGAUUAAUAUUAAUAAUUCUAUAUUUCAAGAUUCAUUAAUCAUCAAAUCUACUAAUAAUAUUACAGUGGCAUUCAUAGCGAUAGAAUCAAAAAAUAAUAUUUUUAUCAAUCUUACUAAUUCAAGAUUUAUAAACACUAUAUAUAAAGAAUAUAUUGGACUUAAUACUUAUGGAUCAUCAGCUAAUAACUUAUAUUUUUUGGUCCCUUAGGGAUCUGUUUACUUUUAUAAUAAUAUCUUCAGAUCAAAUUUAAUAAUAGGUUCUUUGAAUUCAAAUAUGUAUAUUUAGUGUUAAAAAUUCUUAAUAGUUAUGUGCAUUUUCAAAGAUAUGAAUAUUUUUAAUAAACUAUUUUAUGAAGUACUUUCAUUUAAAUAUUAUGAUCUAUAAUAUAAAGAGUAAUUAGAACAUGAUUUUAAAGUUAAGAGCUAUGGUGGAAUAGCUUAAAUUUAUGUGGAAGAAAUUUAAAUUUCUAACAGUUAAUUUGAAACUUAUACUGGAUAUAAAGGUGGAUGCAUGUAUAUAAUAACCCUGAAUAAUGGAAUUUUUUCGAUUAUAAAUACAGUAUUCAAGAAUGGUUAAGCAAUUAUAGGAUAACUUGAGAGUUAAGGUGGAACCUUCAUCAUAGACAGUAAAGGUUCUAAAUUGGACUUUUAGAUUAUUAAUUGUACUAUUCAAAAUAGUUGGAGUUUUGAUAAGGGAGGAUUUGUUAUGAUAACUUUAUCAGAUUAAUCGUCAAUCUUAUUCUAAAAUGUUUCUAUAACUGAUGUUCAUUCAUUAUAAUCCUCAUUAAUUUCAAUUGAAAUAAAUGAUUUUAUCUCAUAGUAAUAUUUAUUGUAAAUUGAAGAUUGCAUUAUUCAAAAUACAAAGAUAGGGUAUCAAGAUUACUUGAAGUUACUCUAAAUGAAAGACCUUAUUUAUAUAUUCACAUUUGAUACUUAUGAUUCUGUUCUCAUUGAAACCCAAAAAGGAAAAUUAAGUAUAAAGAAUUUAGUGGUUCAAAAUAUCAUUGGAUAUGGUUUCAUCACAGAUAAACAGAGUUAUUCUGUUGUAUUAGAUACACUCAAUAUUAUAAAUUUCAUUAUUCAGAAAAGACCAUUAAUGUUUUUUGAUCGUUCCCUAGGCCCUAUAAUAAUUACUAAUAGUCGCUUUCAUGACAUUUAUCAAAAUUAUACAAAAGUUAUUUGUGUUUACUCUUAAUUAUAAUUAAAAUAAUUGAAGUAUUAAUGUAUAAAUUAAUCUCAUACAUUAUCAUCAUUGUUUAAUAACUAUUUAAAAUUAUGUGACUAAAAUUUGACUAUUUCAUAUGAUUACUAAAAUUUCAACAUUUUUUAAAUAUUCCAAACAGAAUCUUAAGUAUAAAUUACUUCUAUUAUAUUCUCCAAUAUACAUUGUAUUAAUUGCAGUAUAUUUUUGGUGGAAUCAAACAAUCGUAUAGUAAUUUAGCACACUAAAUUUAUUUAAAACAUUGGCAACAGCACUAUUUUAAAUAUUAAAAAAACUAAUUUUAAAAAUAGAUUACUAUUUAAAUAUGCAGAUGAUAUAAUGACUAAGAUGGGUCAAGUUUUAAUUAAAAACACACAAUUUAUUAGCAAUAAAGGUUAAAAUGGCGGGUGUAUUUAUGCAUCUGAAGUUUCUAUUUCAUGUUAUUCAGUCUUAUUCCAAAAUAAUACAGCUAUGUUUGGUGGAGCAAUUUAUUUGAAUAAAGGAUCUUUAGAAAUGACAGAUACAUAGAUUAUUGGCAACAUUGCAUUAUCUGGGGCUGGAAUUUAUUCAACACAUCCUCUGUCUAUUUAAUAAAAUCGAGGAAAUAUUAUUUAGGACAAUUAAGAAAGUGAUAUAUUAGGGUAUUUGUAAUCUUAUCCAUCAAAAUUAGCAUUAUCAUUAGACAAUCUCUAAGUAUUUGAAAAUAGAGUUAAAUAUUAGAAUGAAACUUGUAAAAUUGAAGAAGUUAUUAAUUAAAUAAUGUUACCAAACAAUGUGGAAAUAUAAAAUUAUUAAAUAUUGUCUAAAAACUUUAGUGAACAUGGUUUAUUAGGAAAUUAACUAAAUUAUAUUUCAUCUUUUUAAGUUUAUAAUAAUUUAAAUUAUAAAUUUAGAUUAAGACCAUUAAAUGACUUUUAUGAAAGAUAAUAUCAUUUAUAAGAUACUUAAUGUAAUAUUUUAAGUCGACUCAUAUCAAAUAAUGAUUCAACAGAUUAUUUAUCAGUUAAUAAUGUUUAAUUUAAUAUGACUACUCAAGAUUAUAAUUUAGAUAAUUUAAGAAUAUUAACUAAUGAAGAUUUAUAAUUAGAAAUAAGAUGUAGUUCUAUUAAGAUUCCAAUCUAUGAUAAAUAAAAUUAACAUAUCAUACAGUUUCAUAAUAAUUAUUCUCUACUUAUUAAUGUUAAAACUUUUCCAUGUUAAAGAGGCGAAAUCUUGACUGAAUCAAUGUGUGUACAAUGUGUUGGUUAAACGUAUUCUUUAAAAGAAAAUAGUCUAAAGUGUUCAGUUGGGGAUCAAGAAAUGAUAGAAAGUGUUAUACCAUCAAAUAUUUAAAUUAAACCCACAAAUUGGAGACCAUAUUUUGAUAAUGAUGAAAUCUAUCCAUGUAUCAUAAAUCCUGAGAAGUGUUUAGGUGGUUGGGCUGCAGGACCUGAUUCAUGUAUAUAAGGAAGUUUUGGAGCAUUAUGUGAAACUUGUGAUAUUUAUGAUAUUAGAGGAUAAGGGUCAUAUUUCAAAUCAAAUAUGUAGUGCUUUUAAUGUUAAGAUUCAAAUCUUGCCUACUUAUCCUUAUUAAUUGUAGGCUUAUGGACAUUGAUUUCUAUGGUCAUAUCAGUAAAUAGUUCUCUUGAAAUUCUUAAAUUAGAAUUUCUAAGAACUAAAUUAAAAGGAGGAGGAUUAAAAACAUUCGCUGAUUCAUAAGAAUCAAGUUCAUUGUAUAAAAUGAUGUUUCAUUAUUUGUAAAUCAUAUCUACUUUAACAACCUUCUAACUUUAAUUUCCAAAUUUGGUAAAUAUUGCUAUUAGUAGUACAGGAUCACCAACAAAAUCUCUUGAAAAUUCAAUUGAUUGCUUUUUGAUCACAUUAAAAAUGGAUAUUUUACAUUCCCGAAUAAUUUGGAUAAUAGUUGCACCUUGCUUAUAUUUAUGUUUCGUAUUUUUCAUAUAUUUUUUCAUUAUAUUGGCAAGAAGAUAAAACUAAAAAUUAAAUGUUUCAUAGAUUAUUUUACUUUAAACCUUUGUAACUAUGUAACCAAGUAUGAUUGGAGUUUUAAUAUCAAUUUUAGGAUUUCGUGAAAUCUCAGGAUAUUAUUGGGUUAUUGGUGAUGUAUCUUAUAGAUAUGAUAAUAAUUUAUACUUUUCUUCCAUUUUGGCUUUACCUAUAUUAUUUGGAUUAACUGUUAUUAUUCCAUUACUCAUGUUUAUUAAAUUAUAUCAAAAUAGAAAUUCUUUAAACAAAAUUAAAUCGAAAUGGGGUUAUUUAUUUUCUGAAUUUAAUGAAAAUGCAUAUUUCUGGGAACUUGUAAGAUUGGGUAUGAAAAAUUUUGUAAUUAUUAUUAUUACUUUAUUUGAUCAAUACAUUGUACUUAAAGCUACAAUAGUAUUUCUAUUGAUACAAGCUUAUUAAUCAUUAACUAAAUCAUAUUAACCAUUUAAAACAAAGAAUUUAAAUUAAAUGGAAGAAUUUGGAUCCAAAGUUUUGUCCAUUAGUAUUGUAUUAGGAGCAUCUUCAUAUUAAAUGCUAUAAACAGUCUUGAAAAAUUACAUUUACAUAUUUUAUGUUAUCAUUUUAGAAGCUAAUUGUGCAUUUUUAUAUUAAAUAUUUAGCAAGGUAAUUCAAGAAUAUAUUGACAAUAAUUCAAUCUUAAUAGACAAAAUUAAAAAUUAUAUAAAAACUAAAUUUCCUCUCAUACUAAGAUUGCCGAUUUGUAAAAAUAUUCUGAUUUAAAAAAAAAGGAAUUCCUCUUCUACCAAAUUCAGAAAAGUUGCUAAAACACUUAAGGAAUUAAUUUAAUCUUAAAGAAGAAAGAAUUUUAUGGAUUUAUAAUAAGAUGAUUCAUUAAUAUUAUUGUAAAGCCCUGAUCCUCUCCUUAAAUCUUAAGAACUUAAACAUGGAAUAAAUUUCUCAGGAUCAGAUAUGUUACUUAGUGAUUUAAGAGAUUAAAAAUUGUAAAGCAGAAGGAUAUCUGGAAGAUGA